CCAUCGUCAUAUUCAUUUGUUUAUAUAUCCGGCAUGAAAUUAAAAUGUCCCUGCUAACUACAAAGAAUUUGGAAAAAUUUGUCAAUGAUUUUCUUAAAGAAGAUUUGAAACAAUUAGAUCACUACAUAAAUGCUUAUAAUGGAGAAAUUAUGGAGUAUGUGCAACUUAAAAAUACUUUACAGGCGCUAAGCGAGAAUUCGGAUGAUUCCUUUAAGACGCAAAUGAAUAUUGGAGGUAAUGUCUUCAUGGAAGCUAAAGUGGAUAAUCCAUCGGAUUCGAUACUCAUUGACGUGGGAAAAGGUUAUUUUCUUCAAUUCACUUUGGAGGAGGCGUUAAAAUUUUUGGACUUUAAAGUAAAAAUUCUUACGAAAGAAAGCAAUGUGUUGCGGGAAGAAAGUGUUAAAAAGCGAUCUGAUAUAAAACUUGCACUUCUGUGUAUUGCUGAGCAGGAGAAGUUAUAAACCACAAAUUCAUAAUAUUUAUAACUUGAUUUUAAGUUCUUAAUAAGUUCUAUAAGAAUAUCGGUGCUAAUUCUUGGAGUAAAGGGGAGCUACAUAUAUUUUUAUAAUCAUCCUUUACUGUUGAAAUAACUGUGGAAAAGUAAAAAAUGUCCCACCAUUUUAAAUAAGAGCUUUUGUUAAAUACGUGUUUGAGAACAAGCUAAAAGCUAUUGUACUUAUUUAGAUAUCUACGAAAAAGUUUAAUAUUAUAAUGUACAUAUAUUUUUAAUGAAUGAAGAAUUGAAACCGUCAAAAUUCUGUUAAAGGGAUUACACGUUCGGAUUAUUGGUUUGCAGAAUUUGUGUUGAUGUUAGGUGUUACAGAAACCGAUUUAUCGGAUUAAAUGUCAGAAUUAAACCAAUCAGUUAUUCGUUGACAGAAUUGUAUGCGAAUUUCUUUGCAAGAGGAAAACUAAUAAAAAUGUAAGUUAUGAACAGCA